GUGCAGAGAGUGCCUAGUAGGGAUUACCCAGUGGGGAGAACCCAGAAGAGAACUCCUGUCAUCUGUUAGCACUGAAGCUCAUAACUCCAUUAGUAUAUGAGUGUCAUUAGUGCUUCAGAUUCUUAACUCGUGACAGGAAAUUGCACUUUGGCUUGCAUUUUCCUCUCCCCGGCUAAGCCUCUGCUGAACAACAAUGGAUUGGGCCAACCUUGCUCUUGCGGGCUUAGUGCUUAUCCUGAUUCUCCUGCUGGUUCUGAAAAGAGAAUAUUUCUGGAAGAGCCAUGCAAGAGAUGGCUUUCCUCCAGGACCCAGGCCUCUACCCAUCAUUGGAAAUCUGCACAUCCUGGAUCUGAAGAGGCCUUAUCGGACGAUGCUAGAGCUGUCCAAAACAUAUGGCUCGGUUUUCAGCCUUCAGAUGGGACCAAAUAAAAUAGUGGUGCUGUCAGGAUAUGAUACAGUGAAGGAAGCUCUGGUGAACCACGCAAAUGCAUUUGCAGGGAGACCUGAAAUCCCAGUCCUCGAAAAAAUUGUAAAAGGAAAUGGAAUUCUAUUUUCUAGUGGAGAAAACUGGAAAGUGAUGCGAAGGUUUACUCUCACAACCUUACGAGACUUUGGAAUGGGCAAGAAAGCCAUAGAGGACUUCAUUGUGGAAGAGACUGGACACCUAGCAGAUGCCAUUGAGUCACACAAAGGGAAACCUCUUGAGAUGACCAUGAUGCUAAAUGCAGCUGUCUCUAAUGUCAUUAUGUCCAUAUUGCUUGGAAAGCGGUUUGACUACGAAGAUCCCACAUUGAAAAGGCUCCUGUCUUUGGUGAACGAAAAUGUCAGGCUUCUUGGAAGUCCAUCAGUUUCGCUGUACAAUAUAUUCCCAGUCUUUGGAAUCUUCCUGAAGGACCACAAAACCAUUGUGAAGAACAGAGAGGAAGUUGGUGCUUUUGUCAAGGCCACUUUUACAGAACAUCUCAAAACCCUCGACAAAAAUGACCAGAGGAGCUUCAUUGACACUUUUCUUGUCCGGCAACAAGAGGAGAAAGGUAACACCAAUGGGUACUUCCAUAACGACAACUUAGAUGAGGUUAUGCAAAAUCUGUUUAUAGCUGGUAUGGAGACCACAUCCACCACUUUGCGCUGGGGACUUCUGCUCAUGAUGAAAUAUCCUGAAAUUCAGAAAAAGGUCCAAGAAGAGAUAGAGCGAGUGAUAGGAUCAACCUCCCCGCGCAUCGAACAUCGAUCUCAAAUGCCAUAUACAGAUGCUGUCAUCCAUGAAAUCCAGAGGUUUGCUAAUAUCCUGCCAUUGAACUUGCCUCAUGCGACUACUGAAGACGUCACUCUCAAAGGUUACUUCGUUCCCAGGGGAACCUACGUCAUCCCCUUGCUGGCCUCUGUUCUGCGAGACAAAUCCCAGUGGGAGAAACCUGACAUGUUCUAUCCAGAGCAUUUCCUUGACUCUGAGGGGAAGCUUGUAAAGAAAGCAGCUUUCAUGCCUUUUUCAGCAGGGCGGAGGAUCUGUGCUGGUGAGACUCUUGCCAAAAUGGAGCUCUUCCUCUUCUUCACAAGACUCCUGCAGCAGUUCAUCUUCCACCCUCCCCCUGGAGUUUCUUCUUCAGACCUGGACCUCACCCCUGCCGUUGGGCUUACAACCCCUCCAGCAGUUCAUGAGGUCUGUGCAGUGCCACGUUCCUAGAGCUUUUCUCAGGCAUCCUCCUUCUUUCAAAAUGUUCAGAUGAAACAUCCUAGUCUUUCUAGUCACAUGUGGGCAGUUUAGUACUUCAGAAUACAGUAAGGGAUUUUUAGCCCAAGCACAUCUCAGGUCUUAGCUGGAAGUGUUUCACCCACCCUUGCUCCAGGCACUACUCAAAAGGGAAAGUGAUGGUCACUAUAAGAGUGGAUCCUACAAGGGACAUAGCAAAAUUCAAGUCUGUACGCUAUCUCUGCACCUCUGCAUGUUCCCCUCAAGGAAAGAGGCCAAGGGGCCAGUGUCCGGGCCAGACCUCAGACAGAUACUUCACGCACAUGCACACACAUGCACACACAUCCUCCUUCCACACCUCCAGUGCAGACUAGUUGCUUCCAAGGUGCCUAUUGGAAAUGGCAUUACACAUUUUACAUUGGCAUUAUACAAGCAUGCACACACAUACACACAUGUGCAAAUAUAACUUAACAAUAUAGCAAGACAACAUUAGAUGUCAACCUAACUCAGAAUUACAGUGAAGACGAACAGAAGACUGUCACAUGAAAACAUAGAAAUCCCCUGGCUGGAAGCUAAUAUUGAUUUGGUUAACUUCAGAAUACUGUACAUACUGAUAAGAGUAAUUGAACCUUGAAAAAAUAUAAAAUCCUUCUCCACCAAAAAAUCAAA